CUCAGUGUCAGAAGAGGGCAGGAAAGGCAAAAUCAUUUCCCAACGCAAUCCGGAGUCGUGCGGUCGUCGCGAAUUUGUUCUUCCGUGCCCGUGUCCAAUGUGUGUGUUGCAUUUGCUGGACCUAAAGUUUGUGUGAUAUUUGCUAAAUAGUUGUUAUUGUUUGUGGUGGGAGCGAGGCUGACCGGAAAUCGAGAGAAACAAAAAAAAAACAGCGCAACGGAAAGUGCUGGAGGAAUUCCGAUGUUUGCUGGGAUGAAGUGCCCUUGAAAGGAAGAUUUGCAGCAUCUUUUUUUUUUUCGUCAUCGUCUUUUGAUUGUUGGUCCACAUCUGGUUGCUGCUGGGAUUGCUGCAGUGGGAAAGUGUGGAAAAAGAAGCAGAAGCAGGCUGACAAGUGAAAAUCCUUGGAGUGUCGUCUCCUGGAGGUGAAAAAAGAAGCUCCAGAGCAGCACAUCUGUCAGAGCCAGUGCCAUCAAGUGUAAUCUGUGUGUGUGUGUGUGUGUGCUCGCUGGUUGUGUGCAGAGGGGGUCCCACUUCCGGUUUGCUUCUGUGUCGAUGAGUGGGUGCGCUGGAAGAGCAGGUCGUUCAGCCCCGCAACCAGCACCACUUGCCGCCGCAGUGUCCCAUUCCAGCGGUCAACAUUUCCAAAAGUGAAGCAAUCGUCGAGAAUGCCACUGGCCAACUCGGUGGACCCAUGGAGAGAGAAAGUCCCACACAGUAUCGUCGGUACCGAGCACACGGCGUGUCUAACUCGAUUUCAGGUCUCCGGAUAGUUUCUUCGUCCUCGCAGGAUAAUGUCGAGAUGGUCGUCGACGAGGGAUACGAUGCGUUGCUCGGCCAGCCAACUUUGCCCCAGCUGGAUCCGGGUGGCCAAAUGCACCAGCAGCAUCAGUACCACCUGCCACACCCCCACCUCGAGGACCAGGACGUCGAAGCGAUGGACCUCGACCCGGCCCGGCCAGACGGGGACGAGCAGGAGUACGACAUCCGGGAUGUGGUCCGCGAGGGUCACGAAAAAGCCGACCCGUCCCAGUUCGAGCUGCUCAAGGUGCUCGGCGAGGGCUCGUUUGGCAAGGUGUUUCUAGUUAGGAAAAUUGUUGGCAAAGACGCGGGCACGCUGUACGCGAUGAAGGUGCUGAAGAAGGCUACCCUGAAGGUGAAGGACCGGGUCCGCAGCACCAACGAGCGCAACAUCCUGGCCGACGUGGGCCACGCGUUCAUCGUGAAGCUGCACUACGCGUUCCAGACGCCCGGCAAGCUGUACCUCAUACUGGACUUUCUGCGCGGGGGUGAUUUGUUCACGCGGCUGAGCAAGGAGGUGAUGUUCACCGAGGAGGACGUCAAGUUCUACCUGGCGGAGCUGGCGCUGGCCCUGAACCACCUGCACGGGCUGGGCAUUAUUUAUCGCGACCUGAAGCCGGAGAACAUUCUGCUGGAUCAGGACGGUCACAUAGCUUUAACGGACUUUGGUCUGUCGAAACAACCGCUGGAUGGUUCCAAAACGUACAGCUUCUGCGGCACGGUCGAGUACAUGGCACCGGAGGUGGUCAACCGGAAGGGACACACAUUCGCCGCCGACUGGUGGUCGUUUGGCGUUUUGAUGUUUGAAAUGCUGACGGGUAACUUGCCUUUCCACGGCAGCAACCGGAACGACACGAUGAACCAGAUUCUAAAAACGAAACUGGGCAUGCCGGAGAACCUGAGCCCGGAGGCGCAAAGUUUGCUGCGGGCGCUGUUCAAGCGCAAUCCCCAGAACCGGUUGGGCGUGGGACCGAACGGAAUCGAGGACAUCAAACGGCACGAAUUCUUCGCCAACGUCGACUGGACCGGGUUCGAGCGGAAGGAGGUACGCCCACCGUUCAUUCCGGCCGUGUCGCGCGACGAGGCGUUCUACUUCGACACGGAGUACACCAACAAGUCGCCAAAGGAUUCUCCGGGUGGGCCGGUUAGCGCAAGUGCGCACGAAAUAUUCCGCGGCUUUAGCUUUGUCGCGCCCGGGCUGCUGGAAGAUACGCCCAACUUUGCCAACGGAACCGGGAGCCUGAUGAACCAGCAGCCGACCACGCGGUCACCGUUUUCGAACGAGAUUCCGGGCGUCAAGCCGGGAGCCUUUGCCGACGAGUACUCGCUGAUGCAGGAGCUGGGCCGGGGAACGUUCUCGAUAUGCCGGCUUUGCGAGAGUCGAUCCACGCGGAAGCACUACGCGGUUAAGAUCAUCGACAAAUCCAGCCACGAUUGCCGCGAGGAGGUGGAAAUCCUGCUCCGGUACAGCAACCACCCGAACAUUGUCUCUCUGUACGGCGUUCACGAGGAUCCGUCGUACGUGUACCUGGUGAUGGAACUGCUCAAGGGUGGCGAGCUGCUUGACCGAAUCCUAGCCAUCCAGUACAUGACCGAGGUCGAAGCGAGUGCCGUCCUCAAGACGGUCGUUUCGUCCGUGGCGUACCUGCACGAGCACGGCGUCGUCCAUCGCGAUCUGAAGCCUUCCAACCUGCUGUACGCGUCGGUCAAUCACACGCCCGAAUCGCUCAAGUUGUGCGAUCUGGGCUUCGCCAAGCAGCUGCGGGCGGACAACGGCCUGCUGAUGACGCCCUGCUAUACGGCGAACUUUGUCGCUCCGGAAGUGUUGAAGAAACAGGGCUACGAUCUGGCGUGCGACAUCUGGUCGCUGGGCGUGCUGCUGUACAUCAUGCUGGACGGGAAGACGCCGUUCGCUAGCACGCCAAACGACUCGCCUGACAUGAUUCUGGCCCGGAUAGGUUCCGGCAAGGUUGACCUGGAGACGGGAAAAUGGCCCAGCAUAUCGGAGGAGGUGAAGGAGCUGCUGCGGCAGAUGUUGCACAUUGCGCCCCAGCGGAGGCCAACGGCGGCCCAAAUUCUGCGCCAUCCGUGGUUGUCGCGCUCGCGGUUACUGUACAACCAGCCGGGAAUGCAGCACCAGGCGCAGCAGACGGGACUGAUGGGACUCACGACGACGACGACGACGACGAUGGCGGGCAUCGUUCCGGCUUCGGAGUACCCGCCGGCGGAGAAUCCCGAAGCAAUCAAGGGGGCGGUGCACGCGACGUUCCGCGCGAUUGCCUCACCGCAGGCGGCCAACCUCGGCCCCGUCGGAAUGUCCGAUCUGGCGCGGCGAAGAAAGGACAAGAUGAACCACUCGUAAGUUCCGGGCUCCCGGUUGUGUGCGUGAGUGCGUGUGAGCCGGCUGUGUGUCUACAUGCGUUUUUGCGUGUAUAUUCGAUGUGUUGUGUGUGUGUGUGUGUGUUGGUGGAUUGUGUAAAAUGUGUGUAUUUUUGGAGGGGAUUCGGAUCGAUCCGGGCAAAUGUUACUAUUUUUUCCCUGCUCGGCUGGCAAAGUCUGGAGAACCUCUCGGAAUGGGGUGGAAAUCUGUCACUUCCAGCAGCACGUUAAAACACUCGAAGAAAAAAGAAAGAAAGCAGUUCUACCUUUGGUAUGAAAUUGCUGGCUAAUUGUGUAGGAUAUUUUAUCAACCUAACUAAUAGAAAACUUGUAUCAGAAAUAGGAGGCAAAUGUUAUCGCUUUUGUGUAACUAAUUUUACUAGGUUGACUGGUGAAAAAAAAAUGUGUAUACAAAUUAAGUUAACACUACACUUAGUACAAUCGAUGAACACAAUCAAUUCGGUUACUGAAAUGCAGCUUAUCUUUCUUUUAAACA